GCUAUGAUGUCAUACUUUGACUUUGAAAGAUCUUUUGACUUUGACGUUUAUAUACGAAUACGUUUCUGUACGGGCCUCUAACACCCAAAACUCGAAAAACUUAAAAAUCAAUUAGGAAUAAAGAACAAAAUAUAAUAAUUUUGCUGAAAAGCAUGAUCUAAGGUUUUUAUAAUGGCUGGUUUUGGUGAUUAUUCUGGCUACAAUAGGCCAUACGGCCUGGAUCCCAACCGGGAGUCGAACGACUUCUACGACAGUCGAUAUCAGCAAAUAUACGGGUACCAUACUCCUGUAACUGAGGAGUUCCAGGGCCCGCCACUCAUCAUGGACGAUGGUUCCGAAGAUGAUACCAAUGCCUAUGUUACAACAGCUAUAAGUGUUGCAAGUCUUAUCACUGAAAACUUACUAAGUCAUCCAUUUAUUGUAUUGAGGAGACAAUGCCAGGUCCACAAUGGUCUAAAGAACUACCACAUAGUUCCUUAUACACUGCUGCCAGUAGUGGCCAGGCUUCACCGUAGACAAGAUGUCACCACUCUAUGGAAAGGCAUUGGCUCUACUUGCAUAGUGAAAGGUUUAAACUUGGCUGUAGAGGAUGUUGUCUCCAAGGGUACUGGCUGGCCUAAGGAAAUAAGCAAAUGUGACUCAGUCUUGCAGUUCCUACAACAUGUAACAUUAAAAUGUGUAAGUUUAGCAAUUAUCACCCCAUUCUACUCAGCAAGUUUGGUGGAAACAGUGCAGAGUGACAUAGCCAGUGACAAGCCAGCGUUGUUGGAUGUGUUCCGAGAAGGUUUUAUGCGCAUCCUAGAGUGGGGCACGCCUAGUAGAGGCAGGAUGCUGCCUAUAUGGGCCAUUGUGUUCCCCACUGUUACUCUUGGUGUUACGAAGUAUAUUGCUCACAUAACGUUCAAGAAAAUCACUGAAAAGAUUCUUCGCUUCCAACAAAGACACAAACAUGAACUCAGUGACUCUUACAAUGUGAACUAUACAAAAAAUUCAACAAACCCCUUGAUUGAAGAUAUCAGUUUAAAAGCUAAUAUCAUAUCUUUCAUUGCUAUGGAAAUUAUUUUCUUCCCUGUUGAAACUAUAAUCCAUAGACUUCAUAUACAGGGCACUAGAACAAUAGUAGACAACUUAGACACUGGCACAUCAGUGAUACCCAUUCUGACUGGGUAUGAAGGCUUCAUGGACUGCUACAGCUCAACCUUAGCCAAGGAGGGUGUCUCUGGUCUGUACAAGGGCUUUGGAGCCCUGGUGCUACAGUUGGCAGCACACUUGGCCAUCAUCAAACUAACCACUCUAGUAGUAUCAGAAGUAUCAAACCUCCUGAAACCAGCUAAGUCACCAACAUCUGAGGACUCUGUUCACUCACAACAAAAAUAUUUAUUCAACUAGUCCAUGGUAAAUAUUUAUAAAAUUUAUUAAGUAAGUGUAAUUGAGAAAGCAUUGUCAAAAAUUAACACAAUAUAUUGGUUUCUUAUAACACUGAUAUUUAUUAUUUGGGAAACCUCUAAGGACUGUAAUGUUAUAAUUUUUCAUUUUUCAUUAUCCCCACAGAAUAGACUAGUUCAAUAAUAUUAAAUUGUCAAUAAAUAAACUGUAUGAAAGAUCUUGGGUAUCCUAGAUUGCUAUUGCUAGAUUAGAAAAUGUGUUAAUAUUGGUUACAACAAUUAAAAACUUGAGACAGCUGCACAACAAUUUGUAAUAUUUGUUUUUGUUACUUUUUUAAUGUUGCACUAGAAGUAAGUGAAAUGUAUAGCUUGUUAGAAGAGUGUUGAGUAAAUCAGGCUGUUUUAAAUAAAUAUUUGAUUCAAAA